AUGCCAGACAACCUGACCGUCUCCAACCACACCGAGGACGCCGGCGACGCCAGGCACAACUUCCCGGCGCUGAUCUUUGGAGUAAUGCUCAUCGUGGUGAUCAUCGGGGGGAACCUGCUCGUGUGCCUCAGCGUGUACACGGAGAAAGCGCUGAAAACUACCACCAACUACUUCAUCGUCAGUUUGGCCGUGGCCGAUUUGAUGCUGGCUGUCCUGGUUUUGCCGCUGUUCGUGUACUCUGAGUUCCAGGAUGGUGUGUGGUUGCUGAAUAUGACCAUCUGUGAUGCCCUGAUGACCAUGGAUGUGAUGCUGUGCACGGCCUCCAUUUUCAACCUCUGCGCUAUCAGCAUUGACAGGUUCAUCGCCGUGUCCGUUCCCUUCAACUACAACCGAAAACAUGUAGACCAGCGACAGGUCAUCCUGCUGUCAGCCACGUGGAUACUGGCCUUGGCCGUGGCUUCGCCCAUCAUGUUUGGCAUCAACAACGUGCCCAACCGCGACCCCCGCGAGUGCAAGCUGGAGAACGACGACUACGUCCUGUACUCCUCUGUCUGCUCCUUUUUCAUACCCUGCCCCAUCAUGCUGAUGCUCUACUGCGGGAUGUUCCGAGGCCUCCGUCGCUGGGAGGAGGCGCGCAAGGCCAAGCUGAGGAACAGCAUCCAGGCCUGCCGGAAGUUCCAAGAGGCCGCCGCCUCCCUCCCCCCACUGGCCUCCCUCCCUCCCCCGUUGCCGCCUGUCAUCGAACAGGAGCUCACAGACAAUACGCUGGAGGAGCAGGACCCCUCCCCGUCGCCGGACUGCCCCUACCCCUCCCCGGAGUACAAGGACGGCCCCAUACCAGCCGUGGCCUAUGCAGAUAUCAAGUUCACCUCCGACCUUCAUAAGAAGAAGAGGGCCAAGAUCAAUGGCCGGGAGAGGAAAGCCAUGAAAGUGCUUCCUGUUGUCGUGGGUGCCUUCCUGUUCUGCUGGACCCCCUUCUUCGUGGUCCACACCAUGAGGGCACGCUGCGAGUCGUGCCACAUCCCGUACAACCUGAUGAGUGUCGUGACGUGGCUGGGCUACGUCAACAGUGCCCUCAACCCCGUCAUCUACACCGUCUUCAACACGGAGUUCAGGAACUUCUUUAAAAAAUUCCUGCACAGCUGCUGCUCGUAGACUAGCUCACCGGAAACCGGCCCGCCCGAGACGGAAGUCCCGGGCAUCGCUGCAUGGACAGUUAAAAAGCACAACGAUUGCAAGAGACGGUACUAUAUCAACACAGU